GUGGAGGCGGAGGUGGCGCUGCCUCUGCGGUCUAUUUUAACGUCGCGACGCUGACCGGGAACGCCUAUAGUAGUGCUGUGGACUCGGUCAGUGCUGUUAGUGCUCGACAACAUGACGGAGUUCAUGGGUCUGGCUGAGAAAGUCAGCAAGUUCAACCAGGAGGCGCUGAAGCAUCUUGAGCGGCAGACGUUGAAUCCGUUCAGCGGCAGAUUCAGCCGGUCUCCUUCGCCUAGGCCAAAGUUCAACAAGGACGAGUAUGGCAAGCCUGCUGCUGGCUCUAAGACAGAGCUGCGAGGUCAGAGAGCGUUCACACAGAUCAGCAGAGAAAUCCUGGAGCUGUGCGAGGUGAUCCAUGACAUGGGCGCCCGACGGAAGGACGCCGACGGUGAUGAAUGCAUCAUCAUACCGUUCGGCGAACUGUUCGCUUUCUACACAAAAAUCUCAGACAAAGUGGUCGGCCUUUUAAUUGCAGCCAAGAAGAGAGGCUUUGUCUGGUUUGAGCCAGAAAUUCUUUUUCAGAGAAGGGACGACGAUGUUCUCAUUGCCUUGUUGAAGCCUAUUGAGGAGAUCAGAAACGUCAUCAGCAGACAGAUCUCAGCUUCUCCAUCGCCUGCACCUCCAGCAAGCACGUCUUCUGGGGCUGCUCAAACUCCUUCACCCCUCGCUCGGCAAGAGAGCACUUCAUCUGAGGCAUCUUUAACAACCACCGAGACAGAGAAGGCAACCCCUGAGCCUGCACCAGAGUCGUCUACAGAAGGAGGUCAACCCACCACCCCGACGGAAGAUGCUCUAAAAGAAACAACCUCAACCUCUCCAGUAGCUAACACAGUUCAAUCUUCCCAACCUCAAGUACAACUAAUGCCCGUCAAAGAGGAGCCAGUUUCGUCUUCCGAAAUUCAACCUGAAGAGUCUAAGGAAGAGCGAACCGUCAGCGAAACUACAUGUGAAGCUAAAUCAGAAGCGAGUUCUGAAGCAACCCCUGAAGUUAGUCCUGUAGCCAAUUCCGAUGUUCCCCAAUCUGAAAUCGAAGAGGCUUCCGAAGCAAAAACAGAAACCGAGCACACUUUGCCAGCGGCUGUUGAAGACUCUGCAGAAAUAACAAAAGAAAAUGCGUCUGCCGAAGAAACCUCGUCAUCAUCUGAAGAAAACGUUACUUCUUCUUCCCCAGUUGUAGAAUCAGAACCCUCAGCGCAACCUUCAGAAACAGGUGACGCAGAAGGAGCCCAUCCAACAGAGACUGCUAUUAUCUCAGAAGUUUCAGAGGACCAAGAAUCACUCACUCUUAAAAUAAUAGUUGAAGUUGAGCCUGAUCAAACUUCACCCGCUCUUCAAACAGACACAGUGGCCUCUUCUGAUGAAACUGCACAGACCUCUUCCGAUGCUACAACAGCCAUUGAAGAAUCGUCAUCUACCGAAAACGAUCAAACUGAUGACCAGCAGACCACAUUUCCCCCCGCCCAUACGAUAGAAUCCGAAAACAGCCUUCCUAGUGUUAAGAACGACGACAAUGUACCAACCACGGAAAAUGAUCAAACACCACCUUCCAAUGACACAGGGGAGAAGACUAUGGGUUGAUUUUGUACUGCUUUAUGACCAAGUUACAUUUAAUUGACUAAGUAAACCAAUCUGUCAGGGAAAUUCAAUUCAAUACGAUUUUUUAAAUGCUACUAAACAUCAGCAGAAAUGAAUUUAAUCGGCCAACAAAUUUAGAUUUUUUAAAUUUUAUUUACCAUACUCACUGAUCAUCAAAGAUGUACUGUUUUGUAGUAUGAUUCGCUUUGUUAAUGUUUAUACUAUGUAAUACAUCUUCAUCAUAACUUUUAUUUUCCAAAUAACUUAUUGCGUGUCUGUAUUUUCACAUACAUUUCUGAAAUGUUUAGGAUAGGUUAUCAAAUCGUAUAAUGGCUUACGCUGCUGCUACUUUUGUACGAAGUUUGAUGUUAAUAAUGUUACAUUUUCCUAACUUGUAUUGUUAGUUGUGGUUUUAGCUGUUACACUCAUGUAAAUAACAGGGAAAUCUGGAAGUUUGUGAUAUAUUUUACACUAGAACAAUAAAAUAUCGUUUUCAUACUUA